GCAUCUGUCUUGUCACCUGAUCGAACCAGGAAGCAAAGAACAAGCCCUUCAAUCUGACAUCUCUGUAGUGAUCGACAGAGAAAGACUAACUAGAUCGAUAUCUAAGUUCAUUAAGUCACACAGCGACACCAUGGUUCAAUGUUUCCUGAUUCAUACCGUUAACCCGGUAAGCACUCUGGCGCCCGGGGAGAGUCGCGUGCUCUACUCCCGUGUGUUUGGACCGGAGGAGGGCGCGCUGACCGGGGCGGACAGUGAACUGGGACCGGAACAGAGGCGGCUUCUGCAAAAUGAGAAGGUAGCGGUGGUGGCGAGGCAGGUGCGUAGUGCGGUGACCCUGUCUCGUGAGGCCUCAGGCCGGGUGUUGUAAGAAGACCGUACUGGGAGAGGAGCUGGUGGCUCUCCAAGAGGCUGACAGCGGGG